AUGACGACAUCUUCGGACACUCUCCCGAAAACUGAAAAGUACCCGCACGAGAAGCUUACCCUCGAUGGCUCUAACUAUUCUCAAUGGGCUACUGGAUUCAAAAUGUGGGCCGGUGGGCUCGGACUAUGGCCCUACAUCAGCGGAGAUGAGAAGGAGCCCUCACCCCCUGCACAACUCACUGACCCAGACCAGAACAUCCUUCGGAAGGAGAAGCACGAUGAAUGUGUGAGGUUGUACAAGCAGCGCCGGCUACUUGCCCUCAGUGCGUUGUCCACUGCCAUAGACGCCCAGGACUUCGUGUACCUUUGUGACACAGAGGACCCGAACAUAGGCUGGGAGGCUCUGGCCGGAAAGUACUUACCCCAGAAGGCUAUCCAUUUCAACCAGUACCUUGAUCGGCUAUCCACCAUCCCGAAGGCACACGACAGCACCUCCAUUGCUGAGGUGCUCCAGAGCCUCGUUGUGCUAAAAUCUGACCUCACGGCCCUCUCUAUUAGCCCUCCAGCGGCUGCAGCAGCAGCCACAGCCAUCACCCUCCACACACCCCCCGGCACAUCUCUCGCAUCCUCCCAAUCCAACCAUGCCCAACUGCACCCUCCAGCACCCAUACCUGGCGCCCUCCAGCACCCUCCUUGUUCGAGUUCGAGCCACGCUGAUCCAAGUCAUUGCCACCGCUCACAGGAAGUGAUUCAUGAGUCUGUCGAUCCCCCUUCGAGCAAGACCCAUGCUGAUCCAAGUCGUUUCCUGCCAUUCGCAGUUCAUGAGUCUGUCGAUCCCCCUUUGAGCUCAAGCCACGCUGAUCCAAGUCAUUUCCCGCUGUUCACAGUUCUACAUGAAUACAUGGGUCACGAGUUACUACCUGCCGCGGGUUACAUACCAAGUUGA